GAAAUGAUUAAAUUGCAGAGCUUUCCCGCCUCCCGAGCUGGAAUCGGCAACCCGGUUUUCUGCUGAGCUUGGGCCUCUUCUCUCCCAUCCUGCUGGCUGUACUAUCCAAACGGCGCGAAUUUAGACACCAUGAGAUUCAUUAGUGGCUCCGUUGUUGCCCUUGGGCUCAUUGCCCCUGUGUUGGCAUAUCCACGCCCGAUCGGUGGAAAGCGCGGUUCACCCAAUCCUACAAGGGCGGCAGCAGUCAAGGCUGCAUUCCAAACGUCGUGGAACGCAUACCACCAAUAUGCUUUCCCCCAUGACGAUCUUCAUCCGGUCAGCAAUACCUAUGAUGAUGAGAGAAAUGGUUGGGGCUCAUCGGCCGUUGAUGGCCUGGACACGGCAAUUCUUAUGGGAGACGCCGACAUAGUCAACACGAUCCUCAAGCGUAUACCGCAAAUAAACUUUACCACUACUGCGGUUGCCAAUCAAGGUAUCUCUGUGUUUGAGACCAACAUCCGAUACAUUGGUGGCAUGUUGGCUAGCUAUGAUCUGCUGAAAGGACCAUUCAGUCAUCUGGUGAGAGACCAGACGUUGGUAAAGAACCUGUUGACUCAGGCGGAAUCGCUCGCGAACGGUCUCAAGGUUUCGUUUAAUACUACAAGCGGUGUGCCGGACCCAACCGUUUACUUUAACCCCACUUACAGGAACAGUGGUACGGGAAGUAACAAUGUUGCCGAGAUUGGAACACUGGUACUUGAGUGGACGCAUCUCAGCGAUCUCACUGGCAAUCCUCUGUAUGGACAGCUUGCCCAAAAGGGUGAAUCAUAUCUCCUAAACCCAACAGGAAGCCCAGAAGCAUGGCCGGGUCUUGUAGGAACAUAUGUCAGCACAAGCAAUGGCCAAUUCCAGGAUAGCGAUGGCAGCUGGUCCGCUCUCUCGGACAGCUUCUACGAGUAUCUGAUUAAGAUGUACUUGUAUGAUCCUGACACGUUUGGAGAGUACAAAGAUCGCUGGGUUCUUGCGGCCGAUUCGACUAUUGCGCAUCUUGCCUCUCACCCCACCUCGCGUCAUGAUCUGACUUUCUUAUCGCAAUAUUCUGGACAAACUACGUCGCCACAAUCAGGACAUUUGGCUAGUUUUGCUGGUGGCAACUUCAUUUUGGGAGGUAUCCUCCUAGGCGAGCAGAAGUACAUCGACUUUGGCAUCGAACUCACUAAUUCGUAUUUUGACACCUACAACCAGACUGCUUCUGGAAUCGGCCCCGAAGGUUUCCAAUGGGUGGAUAGCGCAAACAGCAGCAGCAGCCAGCCUCCCUCCUCUGUCGCAGGGUUCUACUCAAAGGCAGGAUUCUGGGUAACGGCUCCGUAUUACAUCUUGAGACCAGAAACCUUGGAGAGCAUCUACUACUCGUACCGAAUCACGGGCGACUCUAAAUACCAGGAUAUGGCAUGGGAAGCCAUCAGUUCCAUCCUCAGCAAAUGCCGCGCCGGCAGUGCAUACUCGUCUAUCAACGACGUGACGCAGGCCAAUGGCGGAGGAGCCUCUGACGAUAUGGAAAGCUUCUGGUUUGCCGAGGUCCUUAAAUACGCGUACUUGAUUUUUGCUGAAGAGUCGGACGUCCAGCUGAAGCCAAGCGGCAACAAAUUUGUAUUCAACACAGAGGCACACCCCUUCAGAAUCCGCCACUAAAUGGGUGAGUGGGGGUAUUUUACAUGAACCAUGAACCAUGCAUAAGAGUGCUUUGGAUAUGUGAAUAUAAUAUUAAACAUGAGCCGCUAGAAAUAGACUAUUCAUGAAAUUCAUGGUAUUUAUGAUCUAUAUAAUGAGUUGCACUUGAAAGGGGUAAAUAAGGA